UAGGGACCGUCCCCGUGACCCGGAAGAGCUCGCAUUCUCAGGAAUCCUGAGCGGCGGCGGUGGCGGCGGCAGUUCCGAGUGCUGACGCCGCCGCAUCGCCGGAAUGAACGCGCCUCCGGCCUUCGAGUCGUUCCUGCUCUUCGAGGGCGAGAAGAAGAUCACCAUUAACAAGGACACCAAGGUCCCCAAUGCCUGUCUGUUCACCAUCAACAAGGAAGACCACACCCUGGGCAACAUCAUCAAGUCGCAGCUGUUGAAGGACCCGCAGGUGCUAUUCGCGGGCUACAAGGUCCCCCACCCCCUGGAGCACAAGAUCAUCAUCCGCGUGCAGACCACCCCGGACUACAGCCCCCAGGAGGCCUUCACCAACGCCAUCACGGACCUCAUCAGCGAGCUCUCGCUGCUGGAGGAGCGCUUCCGGGUGGCUAUCAAGGACAAGCAGGAAGGCAUCGAGUAGCAGGCCACCGGGGUCUCCUAGCCGAGUCACCCAUUCCAGGGCCAGUGCCCUGUACACAACUGAGCUGGCAGACGCCCCAUGGCCCCGUGGGAGGCCCCUGUCCACCCCGGGCAGCAGGAAGCCCUCCCACGCAAACCGCUUCAGGCUCUCUGUGAGAAGUUUUAACGUUUAAUAAAACCCGUCAUUGUCUGCA